CGUAAGAUCAAUGCACGCAGUCUAUGGUAGCACUAAUAUUAGGCAGUAGUGCCCAUGCACGGGGGUCUGAGUCAUGGAAUAAUCUGGCACUUUAAUCACCAAAGGCAGAAAACUCGAACAGUUCAGCCAUCGUCCCGCACAACCUCAUCUCAAAUCUCAACAUGUCGGAUCAAUCACCAUGCGCAAUUCUUCCAGAGUCUAUCGACAUUCCCCGCAUCACGCUUACGAAACAAGAGUCAACACUGAAUUACUACGGCCCUAUUGACGCUUCACUUCCUAUCGAGGCGUCAAAAUUCCUCGCUCGCAAUACCGACGUAGUAGAGCAGGAAUUGAAACCCAGCAUAAAGGCGUUCCUAAAGACUACGCAAAACGACUGCUCUGGCCUUACAGAAGAGAAAAAAGCAUGCUGGCUUACCAUCCGCAUCACAAAGCCUUGUAACGCAUUCAAAAUCCCGAGAUGGCAUCAAGAUGGCCCUAUGUUUGAGUACGACCAAGGACGCGAAGAUGUUGUGAGAAGCAAGUAUGCGCUCACGUUACUCGGGCCAUCUACGCUCAUGCUGCAGCCGGACGAACAUGUCUUCACCACGCAGCAUGAAGCGGAGGCGCGGUAUUACUGGUGGCAAAACAAAACCGAUGGCCCUGAGCCCUCCGAAGACGAGAUGUAUGAAGCAGAUGAUCUAUUGCGGGAGUCGCUUGGCAAUGCAUUCAAAGACACUCCUAGAGUUCAGGUUGGACACGGUCAAGUCGUUCGGUUUAGCUGGGGAAGGGAUGAUAGCCCCGUGCAUUCAGAGCCCGAUCUUGUUUCCGAUAGGGUUUUCAUGACUGUGUUGUAUGGAAGUGAAUCGGAGUUACGAACCAUGAGUAACAUGACCAAAAUGCCAAGCGUCAAGGUCGGCAAUAUGAGUUUCCAUUCGCUGCCCGUUGAACUGGCCGAACAUCUCGCGCUUUACUGCGCGCCUCAAGACCUCUCGCGUCUGUCUCGCGUUAACCACGCGUUUCACGCUAUUUUCAACUCGGCCCUCUACAAGCGCAACGCCGCUGUCACAGGCCUGCCAUCGUGUUAUCCAUGGACCAACAAACACGAUCCACAGUAUUGUAAGCAAUGUCCCGCCGAUAAGGCCUCAAGGUCAUGUCUUCAUUGGGCCGUCGAUCACGACUCACUCUCUACAAUCAAGCUGGCGGUUGCUUAUGGGUCCGAUAUCAACAAGAUCAACGACGUUGCCGACUACAUCCCUUAUGAGGAAGACCCUGACUCUAUUCCUAUUUGCGGGAGAAUCAUUCGGGUGCAACUCGCAACGCCACUGCAUCUUGCCAUCUUUCAGAAGCGCUUCGAGAUUGUACGAUGGCUUCUUGACAAUGGCGCUAGUACGGAUGUCUGGCCAGAUACGCUCUGCAAUUGUCGAAAGAAUGCAAGAGUGGUCAAUAGCACCCAUGAGAUCUUCCAGCUGCUGCUAGAGCGAGACGUUAUUUACUCUGCGAUUUCCGAUGAUGGAAACAUCUCUGGGCUUCAUUGCGCUAUCGCAGAAGGGUCUCUUUCUGCAAUUGAUGCAUUCAUUCAGCAUAAAAGUUUCAGUCCUACUGAUCGAGACGCUACGCGUCAGACGCCGCUCCAUUGGGUUAAACAUUGCAAAGACCAGGAAGUAGCCUGUGCGAUAGUUGAGCAGUUAGCCCAAUGGGGUGUCCCUCUGGAUGCGGAAGCUGAAUCUCAGUGGGGAGAUUGGCAUGGCGGCACAGCCCUAAAUAUGCUUAUCGGAAGGAGAAAGUUUGAACCUGCUGUUAAACUACUACAGCUUGGAGCAGAUCCGAAGAUCCAACAAGUCGAAGAUGGGUGCCUGCGGCUGUUGGACAACUGCAUUGAAGGUCGUGAUAGAGAAGACAUGUCCAACUGUUCGCCGGAUCGUGCGGAGAGAAGGAGAGAGGCCGGGUUGGAGUUACUGAAUCUCCUGAUCCAAAAGGGAAUCGAUCCUGGCAGACCUCGUGAACUCGGCAGAUCCCACGAUCUAGAGAACCUAGACCUUGACGAGCCAAGACCGCUGUUAUCAGCACUCAUGAUGUCCGACGCGCGAUGCAUACAAGUUCUUCUCGACGCCGGAGCAAUGGCUCGUGAAGCUAUUUAUGAGAAUCACCAUGAUAAUCUUCUCCGAGACUUUGUCGAGAUGAUGGUGGAUGCCAUGGAAGAGGGCAUAUCUCUCCGAGAGAUGAGAGACGAAGUUGAGUCGCGCAAAGAGUCUGUGUGUCUGCUUCUCGAUGGAGGGGCUCGAAUAGACUCGAGAGACGGUCAAUACUCGGCGUUGAGCAAGGCGUGUGAGAUUGAGCAGGGGUUCGGGAUAGUUAGCUUUCUGGCUGAGAAUGCAACUCGCAGGAAUGCGGAGGUGGAAUAUGUUGUUGCUUUGAGGGACACGUAUAGGAGGGAUGAACCUGUAUGGGAGAAAUUGGAUCGGUUCUAUCAUAAGUUGAUGGCUGAGAAGAAUGAUCGAGAAGGAAUGCAGGACAUCAAGGACUCUGCAUGAAAGAAUGCAUUACUAUAGGUACAUGCGGA